AUGCCCAACGGACGGCCUGAGCGCAAGAACGGCGCGCAGAAGCGCAAGGUGGACAAGUCGGGACUCGGUCGAGCUAUCAUCAACCGGAAAGUGAGGGCGGCGAGGGAUGCGCAGGACCCGACUCUGCAUUCGUCCGAGAUUGCGGCAGGCCUGUCCUCGGUUACUCAGGAGAACGACCUCGACGAGUUUCUCAGCACCGCACAGCUCGCAGAGACCGACUUUUCGGCUGAGCGCCAGAACAUCAAGGUCGUCUCAGACCCCUCUCUGAACGCCGCCUCGCACAACCCCUACCUCCUCACUCCCCAACAAGAAGCCGAGCUGCGAACGAAGCAAAACGAGAACCAGCAGCGGCUGCAGGUACCACGACGACCGCCUUGGACGAGGCAGAUGACGACGGUUGAGCUGGAGAGGCAGGAGAGGGAUGCGUUCCUUGAAUGGAGGCGCGGGCUCGCCGACCUUCAGGACAACCAAGCCCUUCUCCUCACACCCUUCGAGCGCAACCUCGAAGUCUGGCGCCAGCUGUGGCGAACGCUCGAGCGGUCCGACCUGAUCGUCCAGAUCGUCGACGCACGGAACCCUCUCACGUUCCGCUCGGCCGACUUGGAGAAGUACGUGCUGGAGCUGAACGAGCUGGAGCGGCCGAGGGAGGAGGGGGAGCCGGCGCCGAAGCGGAAGAAUUUGCUGCUCAUCAACAAGUCGGACUUGUUGACACGGAAACAGAGGGAGGAGUGGGCCGACUACUUCGAGGCGAACGGGAUUCAGUACGCCUUCUUCUCCGCCGCGAACGGUAUUGCCUUGCAGGAGGAGCGCGCGCGACAAGAAGAGCUUGCGAACGGCGCGGAGGAGUCGUCGGACGAGGAGGACGAGGACGAGAUCCCGGGCAUGAAGAUCCCCAAGUCGGGCAACAAGCUCAAGGGCCUGAAUGCGAAGCCCAAGACUGAGGUUGCACCGGCAUCGCGGAGACGAGUGGUUGGACCGGACGAGUCGAGCGAUGAGGAGGACGAGGAUGACUCGGAUGAGGAGUUGGCGAGCAUCAUGCGGAGGGGGAUGGGUAUCUCCCUGCCCGGCAGUGAUGAGAGCGAGCGGACGCGGAUCUUGAGUGUGCUGGAGCUGGAGGAGCUGUUCUUGAGCCAUGCGCCCGAAGUCUCGCUCGCCAAGGGGCACGGCAACGAAAAGCUUGUCGUCGGUCUCGUCGGCUACCCCAACGUCGGAAAGUCGUCGACUAUCAACGCCCUCAUCGGCGAGAAGAAGGUGUCUGUCUCGUCCACGCCCGGCAAAACCAAGCACUUCCAGACGAUUCGCCUUUCGCCCGACGUCCUCCUCUGCGACUGUCCCGGUCUCGUCUUUCCCCAAUUCGCCGCGACAAAGGCCGACCUCGUCUGCAACGGUGUCCUCCCGAUCGACCAGUUGCGCGAGUUCACCGGUCCUGUCGAGCUCGUCACCCGCCGGAUCCCGCAGGAGGUGCUCGAGGGCACGUACGGUCUGCGAAUCACGAUUCUGCCGGAGAACGAGGGCGGAACGGGCGUACCGACUGCCGCUGAGUUCCUCAACACCUUUUCUAUCGCUCGCGGCUUCUUCACCGGUGGCCAAGGCAACCCCGACCAGUCUCGCUCCUCCCGCCUCGUCCUGAAGGACUACGUCAACGGCAAGCUUCUCUACUGCCACCCGCCUCCCGGCAUCGACUCCGACGACUUCAACCGCGAGACGCGCGACAUCGAGCGCCUGCGCGCGCAGAACAAGCUCAAGCGCAAGAUGGCGCCCAUGACUCGUGUCAGCCAGAAGUCGGACUACUACGUCCAUAACCCUGCGGCGGCGGCGGCGGGUGCGCCCGGAGGUGGGCGACCGAGCGAGGCGCGUGGGAAGGGCCAGAGUGCGAAGGCGAACGCGCUUGACAACUCGUUCUUCGGCGCGGAUGUCGGGAAGGCGGUCAUCGCGGGACUGAAAGGGAAGAAGGUGAAUGCGGCGACGGGAGGCGAGGACAAGAAGCACUUCAAGAAGAAGCGCGAGAAGCAGCGUUCGGGUAGGGGCUACGAGGUCUGA